AUUUUCGAAUGCAGAGCUUGCUUGCUUGCUUGCACCUGCUGGAUGUUCGUGUCUUGUUGAAUGAUCAACUCUGAUCUUGCAUGCUUGCCCUUCACUCUGGCUCACAAGUCUGAUUGACUCCUUGGUUCGGUCGCAUGCACGCCCUCAUCCUCACCGCUCCUCCUCACUACCCAACACGGGCACCUUACAAUCGAGCUUCGCAGGCCCUUGCUUGGGGUGAUCCAAAGUACCUGCGUGGUCACUCGUAGCCCGCCGCUCGCAUCUCAAUCCAUCAUACGUCCGACUCAGCGUUCUGGACUUGAUACCAAGGCGGCUCGGGUCAUUGGAUCGCAGCGGACCCUCCGGCGCAUCAUUGCUCCGCUUCCAUCCCGACCAUCCGGCAUCGGCUGACCUACUCUCCCAAGAAGCGCACGUCACAUAGUCGGAAACGGAUCAUGUCGCAUGAAACGCAAGCGCAGACGUUCGACGGCAUGUCCCACGCUCUGUCCAAUCGAGAAUCGGACGCGCUAUUAAAGACGGCAAAAGCAGAAGGUCUAAAAAAAUGCGACGAUGUGCUUCGAGCCUUUGCGGAGUGUAGCUCGGGAAGAACGAUCAGUAUGGCUUGGGCUUGCAGGGAUCAUCACAAAGCGUUGAGGAGCUGUUUAGCAGAAUACACAUCAGAAGAAGCGAUGACCAAGAGAAGAAAGGAAUAUUUGACUUCUAAUCGAUCAAAGAGUGGAGAUCGGAUGGUGUAGUACGGAGGCAAAAGGGGAGCGGGGGGAGGAGGAGGGGG